AUGUGCUUGGGCUUGUAUUUUGACGACGCAUGGACUCCGAUUGGAGCAAUCGUAGAUCCCGUCGGCUUCGUUCCGCUUUUGGAAGUGAGGCCGGUCCGAUGUGGAAUUGACGGUGAUUGGAGAGAUAGCAACGAAAAGAAGACAUCACAGCAUUUUCAAGAUAGUAUUCAGGACGGUCCAAAUAUCAAUAAUCAACUAAGGAAACCAAAUAUAGGGAAUAAGGCGGAAUAA